AGCAAUCCACCUAUACAAAGCUUUGGUUCCAUAGAAGCAGGGGAGUCAACUCGUAAUAAUCUGUCUUAUUCUACUUCCGUUGAUGUUACUUAACAGAAAACAAUUCGCACAACUCCACUGAAGCAUGCACGGUGGAGACAGCCUAUACAGUAGAAUGUCAGGUGCACACAUCUACCCUGAUCGCUUGGUGGAUGUAGAACUUGACCAUAAGUCACACAAAGUUUCAGACAGGCUUUCUGAAAAUAUCAACAUAAUUGCAAAUGAACCUUCACUGGCAUUCUUUAGGAUACAGGAGCAUGUUCGCAAGACACUUCCUCAACUUGUGGAGCAAAAACAUGAAGUUGAGGACAUACAGCAGCAAGUUCAAGGGGCAUGUUUUGAUGCAGAAUAUGACAGCAAAGCAGUCCAGAUAUUGCAGAAGAGCUCAAUUCAUUUUGAAAACAUUCAGGAGUUGCUGAAAAAUGCCAUGUUCAUGAAGCAACAGAUAGACUAUGAGGAUAUACGCAGGAGACAAAGCCGGCUAGCUGCAGCAGGGAUGAAUCAACAAAAUGGUAAUGGGGGAUAUACAUCAGAGGACAGUGGCAGCAACAUGGCUGACAGUGCAGUUAGCACCGACAGUUCUCUUGCAGCAGCCUCCCACACUGCAGCAGAAGCUUAUGAUGGAGGAGAAAACUAUGCUACAUUCGACACAGAUGCUAUCUCAUCAUCACAUAUAGAAUCUACUACACCUACUGUGCAGUUUUCUGGGAAUGAGAAAGUUGUGCAAAAUGAACAAACAGUAGAUGCUGAACACAUUAAAGAUUCUGAACAAGGAGGGCAAGUGAAACAAAUGUUAUAUGCUGAAGAAGCAAUUCAAGAUGAAGGACAACACACGAGAAGAACUGAGCAGUGUGAACAACACAUACAUUCCAAACUUAUAAUUCAAGUUAAAGAGGAAUUAUCACAAACUGAACAGACAGCCCACAUGGGAGAAGCAGGAAAUGCCGAAGAAGCACAAUCUGACAAAAUAACAAUUACAAAUUUAGCAGAACAAACAGCUAAGGAUAACUCCAUAGCACAGGAUGUAAACAACAAGGGAGACCAGGGAGAAAGACAGGAUGAAGCAAGCAUUAAGGCUGCAGGUACACUUCAUGGAGAACAUGGAACAGCUUUAGAAGAUUCACUAGUGGUCGAAGAAAUACCAAAAACCAAAGAGGAAACAGAAGACAAAGAGAGGAUUGGAGAUAUAGGGACACUUUUUGCUGAACAAAUUAGAUCCCUUUCAGAGGCUGAAAUGGAAAGAAACCCUGAAAUUACAACCCCAGCAGACCAGGUGACUCAUGAGCAGGCAGAAAACGAUGAAGUGGUAGAGGAUGCCAAACAAAUAGCACUGGUUGAGCCAUCAACAGUUUUAGAGACAGAAAAGAUUCAAGUGACAGUUGAAAUUCAGCCAGAAACAAAAGCUGUUGACAGGAUUGUACAGAAUGAUGAGACAGCAACAGAAAAGCAUGCAGGGCAAGAUGAACAGACAUAAUAGCAUGAACAAACAUACAUGCAGCAUCAUGUUAGCUCAUAUAUGUUGAACUUUGCACAGACAGGCCAAUAGACAUGAACGGAGGACACAAUCAGAAAAGCUCCGUGUCUGGUCAGGGAUACAGGGUAAACAAUAACCAGGGAUACAGGGUGAACUAAUAAAAUAGUAGGAUGAAAAGUCACUUUGUAAGCUGUUUUGGGAUGGGGAAGUUUAGAAAAUCUUGCUACAGUAUGCUUCUAUUAAAACUUAGUCAUUUGAUGAAAAUGAAUGCAUGUAAGGGCUUAUUUAGAUAUGAUGACUGGAAAUCAAACUGUGGUCAUUAAGCGUCAUGUGAAAAAUUAUGUGAACGUUAUGCGUAAUACAGAACUGGUCUGACAUGGCAGAAUAGAUUACAGUUUUAUUUCGGUUUGCUGAAGUUGCAUAUAACAUGUUCAUGCACCAAUUGGGCAGACUGUAAAAAAAAAAUCUGUUAUUUAUUGUUUUCUUAUUUAUUUUCAUCUUUUUCUCCUCUUCCUUUUCUGUAGAAUUCUGUGGAUUCUGCUGUUUAUUUUUUUAGUACCAUGACAAGCUAGAGUUUUUGUUGGCAGUCCUAAAAAAAGUUCUUGCAGUUUUAAUUGUUAAUGCAUUGAUAAAAUAUGAGUGCUUACCAAAACAUUGACAGUUACGAUAUUUGAUUAAAUAGUACUGUAUUUCUGAGCCUUAUUUUCUA